GGCGCGUGGUGGCCGAUCAAAAAACACACACGAUUAAAAAACUAAUUAAACAAAAAUUACACGCGAGUGAAUGAGUGCAUCAAAAGUGACAAUGGUAAAAAUAAAAAACAAACAUGCAGCAACUUUGGGAGAACAGUGUAACAAAGUGGUAAUUAAGUCUGAAAUAAAAACCAAAGUAGCAUCACUUGGCGCUAGAGGCGCCAUGAAAGAAAAAAGCAAAAACGCGGCGAGGUCGCGACGCGAAAAAGAAAACGCGGAAUUUUUGGAGUUGGCGAAAUUGUUGCCGCUACCCGCUGCAAUCACAUCACAAUUGGAUAAAGCUUCUGUCAUCAGGUUGACAACAUCCUAUCUAAAAAUGAGACAAGUAUUUCCUGACGGAUUGGGAGACGCGUGGGGCGCAACACCUAUGGUUCACAAUGCAAGAGAUACUCCCAUAAAAGAACUAGGAUCAUAUCUAUUACAAACUCUUGAUGGGUUUAUUUUUGUGGUAGCACCCGAUGGAAAAAUUAUGUACAUAUCAGAAACCGCUUCUGUACAUCUUGGAUUAUCACAAGUAGAAUUAACAGGAAACAGCAUAUACGAAUACAUCCACCCGGCGGAUCAUGACGAAAUGACGGCGGUUUUGUCCCCACAAAUGCCGCCCCCAGGGGCCAAUCAACAAGACUACGAAAUCGAAAGAGCGUUUUUCCUGAGGAUGAAAUGCGUUUUAGCAAAACGUAACGCAGGGCUUACAAACGGAGGCUACAAGGUUAUUCAUUGUUCAGGAUACUUGAAAGUAAAACAGUACAAUUCAUCGUCAUCACCGUACGACUGCUACCAAAAUAUGGGAUUGGUGGCUGUUGGACACUCUUUACCACCCAGUGCCAUCACAGAAAUUAAACUUCAUACAAACAUGUUUAUGUUUAGAGCCAGCUUGGACCUCAAACUUAUUUUCCUAGACGCUCGGGUGGCCCAACUGACUGGUUACGAACCUCAGGAUUUAAUAGAAAAAACGCUUUAUCAUCACAUACACGGCAGCGAUAUUCUGGCGAUGAGGCAGGCACAUCAUCAACUUUUAUGCAAAGGACAAGUUACAACGAAAUACUAUCGAUUUUUAACAAAUGGAGGCGGUUGGGUCUGGAUGCAAAGUUACGCAACCAUAGUGCAUAACACAAGAUCAUCAAGACCUCAUUGUAUAGUAUCAGUUAAUUAUGUUUUAAGUGAUCUGGAGGCAAAAGACUUGGUCCUUAACGUAGCACAGGGUUCCCCCAGAGAGGAUCUAACGAGUUCCCCGCAAGAAAAGCACUCACCAAUACAAACUCCAUCGCGGAAUAGCAUAUCAACCCAGCCGAAAUACCAAACUCCCAGGUCUACGUCACUUCACUCCAACAUGGUCUCUCCUCAGACCUCGUCCAUUCCAGACGAUGACUUUAGCGACUCCAACGGUGCUAUAGCCUAUGCACCGCCCGAAUAUUCAGUUUAUAUGCAUAAUUUUAACGAGGAGCCGUAUUAUCCGCACCAAGAAAUGUUUUACCCGUUCACAGACCCGGAAGUGAGUCAGCACGCCUUUCACACCACACCGGCGGUUCAACAACGACCGUUCAGUGCUUCUUCUAGCAGUUGUAGUUCCAUUGAAAGUGAACACAUGCAAUUGCAGAAUUUAAGUGGCAAUGCGUACUGUGAAAAUUUACACGGACAACAUUUUAGUCUCGGGACUUUUAAUAAUAAUCAAACGCACACUUUACCUCAAAAUUUGUACUCGGGCCACGAGUAUAACAAUAAGCAGGGACACCAAGGAGGUACGGGGUACACGAGUGUUAUUGUUGACACUCAGCAGUAUCAGCUGGCUAACGAGUAUGUGCAUUAAAAAUAGUUUUUUUUUCAUAGAACAUCACUUUUUAGUUUAUGAUUUGCCUUAACGUACUAUAAUUACUUCAAUUUUCUUACUAUAAUUUAUUGUACAUAACAAUUUAACCCGAGUGUCGAGCGA